GUUCGUUCGUUCCCUUCCUCCCCCCCCCCCUUUUCCCGUCGUCUUCUUCUCGUCUUCUCUGUGACAAAGAUCCAUGGAUCUCUUAUCUGCCUCGCUUCAACGCGGUGAAAUGACUGAUUCGAUGAAUCUGCUUCAGCUCGGAGGACGAUGGCGCUUUGCGGACCGGGUGCAUUUGUUCGGCUGAAUGCGCUGUGCUAUUUGCCGCCUUGGAUCUUGGCUGCUCUUCCUGCUCUGUGGCUUCACGCGGCUGGUUAUGGGUGUUCGGAGGAGCCCGUCUUCAUCGCUGGAACCGCACAGACGGCUGUGCUUCUCUGUGCCGCGCGCCACGGGGAUGCCUAUACCUUCUGCAAUGAGGCGUUCGACGAGGCUUACUCGGCAAGCCACCAAGUCUGAUGCUGCACCGCAACUUGUGAGGCUCACUGGGCGGCAGGACGUGCCACUGGAAGAGUCGAUCCGGUCGUCGAGGACCUUCACGGAGAUGCUCAGCCGGCUGUCAUCCGUUCGCAGCGAUGUGUCCUCAGCUUCCUCACUGCCCUCUGGCCUCAGCUUCGCAGAGCUCUUGGCGGUGCUGUCGAACACUGCCCGCUUCUUCCGCAUGAAGAGAGGCGGCACCAACCUGCCGCUGCCCGCUGAGCGGAAGACCUUUGCUGGCUUCCUCGCAUCGCUGAUGCGUGAGCUGCACUCGUCGGCCAAGACGUCACUGGACGGCCGCGUCAAGGUGGACGAUGCCGUCAGCGCCGUCUAUGACGUCGGUACACUCGCCCCUGAGGUGGAGAGGGACAAGGCUGCCCAGAAAGACGCCAGCAACUUGAUGCUCUUGCUGAGCGGCCACCUCUACAAGCAACGGGAUAGUCCUGGCGUGAUGAAGGCCAUUGAUACGCUGGAUGGGUUUGCCCGCUGCUUGUCGUUCUUCAAGGCGCCUGAGGAUCACUUGAAGCGUCUCCUGGGGGACACUAAGUCAGAUCUUGCUUCACUCAAGUCUGUGGGAAAGGCCAUCGUGCUGCUGAAAGCUGUGAAGCAACUUGUUCCCGUCAAGUCCAGACUGUGGCCUUUCCUCACCCAGUGGCUCUAUUCGUUUGUCGGCGGCUUCGCCAUGCGGAUCAGCGAGCUCUCGUCCAUCCAACUGGUCGAUAUGGUCAAGACGAUCGCGCAGCUCCGCGUUCGUGUUGACGAGUCCAGCGCGCCCUCCCCAGAAGCUUUUCGCGAGGCUCAGUCGUUCAUGAGAAACGUGGAGAUCGAUGCGAGGCAGAGGAUCGAGAGGGAUGAGAUCGACCCAGAGCGUAUGUGCAGCCUUAUCUGGGCUUUCGCCCAUCUCCGCAUACAAGACAACGACCCGCUCUUCUCUUCCGUCUUCCAGCAAAGCAUCGCCAAGAAGGUCAAACGGCUGAAGCCUGGCGCUGUCGGCAACUUGGUCUUCGCCGGCAGCGUCUUCGGCCUCUGCGAUGACGAUAGCGCAGAAGGCCCGUCUCUGCCAGAUGUCAUUGAGGAGACCAUUCGUGAGCGUGCGUUAGAGUUCCAGAACGCCAAGACGCUGAUGGACCGGCUAGGACAGUGGCGGGAGAGGGCUUCUCGGAGGCGAUUGGGGGCGUCGAAAGCAGCUCGCGCGACAUCCCUUGAUGAGCUCGCUGCUCUGGCUGAGUCUUUGCUGGCCAAGAACGAGACGAGUGCGGCCUAUGCCGCCGCGCUGUCUUCCCUGCUACUGCGUGUGGCCAAGGUGAGUCCUGUGUCUGGCGGAGUCGACGUCACGGCCCCUCAAGUGUCACCUCAGCCGGCAGACGAGGACGAAGACCUGGAAGAGGUGAUGCCUGACGAGGGUGAGGGUGAUGAAGAGGAGCUCGACGAUUCGUUUGUGGAUGAAGCGGAGGGACAGCCGUCAGGGGAGCUGCUCGGCUCGGAUGCCGACCCCCGACUCCCCUCUACGCACCCCUUCCGUCGCUGUGAGGCCUUUCAGUCUGUGUUUGACCGCUUGUGUGGCGUUUUGCAAGACUCUCCAUCGGUGCUCGACUCACAAGGCCUGUCGAAUGUGGUGUGGAGUGCGGGGACGCUGAAGGUGGCAUCUCCCGCCUUAUUCGCCGUCUUGAAGGCUGCCAUCCUUCCGCGACUGGGCAGCUCAGCGGGCGCUGAAAAGAUGCAGCCAUUCGGCAGCACCGGUCUGACUCAGAUUGUAUUCGGGUUGAGCUUGCUCAAGAAUCAGGUGGGUGCAUCAUGUGCGUGUCACUGUGGAUGGAGGCUGUCUGUCUGUCUGUCUGUGGUACUUUGUGCAGGACCCUGAGCUGCUCGUUCCUCUCCUCAGCGAAUGCGAAGACCAUGUCGAUGAGUUCCAGCCCUACGAGCUGUCACAAGUGCUCACUGCUAUGGCCCUGCUCAACACAGCCCUGGAUGAAUCGCAGCAAGGCGCUAUGAGUCCGCUGCGGGAAUCGAUCCUCCAGACUUCAAGGGCUGUGGUCGAUCAGCUGAGGGGAUCUCUAAGGGCGCUCACGGCCCGGCAGCUGGCUUUCAUGAUAUGGUCUCUGGGUCAGCUGCGGCAGCGGUCUCGGCCUCUGCACGCAGGGCAGGUGUAUGACUGGGUCUUCCUCAACAACCUGUGUUACGAGCUCCGAAACAAGUGAGUCAGCCACACGACAGCACGCGACACGGCAGCCCCUGUUCUCCUCACCAACCGCAAAUGGCAUGUGCUUCUGUGCAGGCUGGAUUCCUUGGUCGACAAGGAGUUCCCUCUGGUCCUCGAUGGGUUUGCCAGCCUAAGGUGGACCGACGAGCACGUCCUGGAGGGCAUCACUGGGGAGGUGGCGAAGCUAUCCAGCCGCUUCACGCCUCCUCAGCUGAUUAUGCUUUCGGGGGCUGUCGUCAAGCUGGGCAUCACUGACAAACGACUCAACGAGGCUCUGGCCGCAUCAGGUUUGCUGCAGGAAACCUGGCCAGACUGCUUUCUCAUAAUUGUGUGUGUCUUGUCGUGUAGUUGAGGGCGUGAUUGACUCCUUCCACAGCGACACGUUCAUCCCAUGGCUGCUACAGUGGUUCGAUGAAGGCAAACAUGGUGAGGAGAAAUCGAUUCCCCACACCGUAUGGUGGAAGUCAACCUCUUCUCUGUCGCCAGGGUCACCGGAGAUGCGAAUGAGACGGAUGUCUCGCCGGCUGUCGCAAGCAGGCUCCCAUUCCUCCCUCAUGCGGGUGAUCAGCAAAGAGUUCGGUGGCGUUGACCACCUACCCGCUGCCCUGAUGGGUAUUGUGCUCAAGCGGCUGCUGGAACUUGACCUGUGCCACCAAGAGGUGGAGGAGCGUCUUGACGAGGCGUCAAUUCGAUGCGUCGAGAGGGAGUCUGCAUCCGUGAGGGAGACCCUCGCCGCGAAGGUGGCGGGCAUCGCUGACGUGCUGCGCCAAGACACUGCCAUCCCGAUGAGGGUACGAAGGGAAGAGGCAAACCAGUUCUCUCUGGUUGCGGGACUGCUGCCUGUUCCCCUGCAGGGCACUCUUGACCUCGUGGACUCUGUGUAUCGGGUGACGAAGGCAUAUCCGGCGAGCGACGACACCCCAGCAGGCUCCCUUGCCCACACCGCUGACUGCCUCCUACCUCUGCUUAAGCAGCAUCUACAGGAGCGACUUGGGUCUGCCGACCUGCUUGUGGGCAGGUCGGACACACACCCUUCGCCGCACCACCUAUCUGACGAGGCUUUCAAGCAAACGGCGAAGGUCUGCUCCAGCCUCAGCUGGACCGAUCGGGGGCUGGUCGACCCGGCAAGUGACGCGUUGCUGCGGCGGCUGGAGAUGUGGAGGCUAGGUGUGAGGGAGCCCAUGUCGCUGGACACACUCCAAAGGGUGGUUGGGUGGCUCUCGUGGGCACAGAUGGCACCCAGCCGCCUUCAGCCCAAAGGCGAAGCUGAAGAGCAUGGCUUGACCGAUUCGCGUAUCCGGGGCCUGGUAGAGGCGCUGUCACAAGUGACGUGGCACAUGGUGGUGGAGAGGAGUGCUCUGGACGAGGUGCUGCGCUUCGGCCGGGCGCUGGCGCCCCUGUUGGUCGCCCACGAUGAGGCGGACAGCCGCGAUGACGAGACAAGGGCGUCGCAGAUGAGCCUCGCCUUCUGCCAGCGGAUCCUGCCUUCUGUCCGGCUGCUGACGAAGGAGAAGGAUGGCCGAGCGCUUGGAAGGCUGCUGGCUGUUGCGAGUCGGCGCACUCCGGACGUCAUUCAGUUCGCCGUCAAUGAAACCCUCGCCAUGCUCGAAGGUACGCACCUUCGAUGACGACACCAAGAACACGGCAAGUGGCGCUGUUCUCAGGUCGUGACAUGGGCACUGUUUCCUUCAAGGGCAGGGCCCGCGCGUCUCGUGCCUUCUCGGGGCUGGUGGACGGGCUGCUGACGAGGCCCGAGGUGGGCGAGACCUUCAUGCAAGCCCUCAUGCAAGCGGCUCAGGACCGCCUGCCCUCUCUACUGUUCGAUAGCCUCAUCAAUUUGAUACUGGCGACGGAGCGGUGAGAAUGAAUGCACACACAGUGGCAUCGUUGACAAUCUCGGGAUCGUGUUAUGCGUACGUCAGGGUAUUUGGGUGGCAGUCGCAUCGCUAUUUGCUGGCGGAGAGGCGGGUGCGAGACCUGGUGCAGCAGUGCCUACGCGAGGCGGUCAUGCGCGGCCCCGGGCUUUCGCGACACGAGACACUCAAACUACUCACGACCUUCUCGCAGCUUGGGGUGAGCCAUUUCGACACCAUUUUGCCCUCCGUUGGCAUAUGUUGUCCCCCUUCAGAUGUGUUUCGAUGACUACACUCGCUAUGCCCUUGACGAGCUGGAGCCCUCUUUGCCAUCCAUGCCGCCAAAGGCACUGGCGUCGCUCGCGUCCUGCAUGGGACAGCUUGGUCUCACUGAGGACCCAUAUGCGUCGUUCUUCCAGAAGAUCGCCUUUGUCGCCACGUCGCGGGCAUCCGAGUUCACGAGGCCGCAGGAGGUGUCCAUCAUCUCACGUGCGCUGUCGAUCGCCGGUGUGUACGACGAGGAGUGGUUCGCCCAUGCCCUCUCUCUCAACUGGACGGCCGCGCUGCCCCACACGCUUCUGAGGAUGAGGGCGGCAUGUGUCGGGUAUCUCUUGGAGGGCCGGCAGGCGGGAAGGGCCACUGUCGAUGACGAGGAAAUCUCGGACACUCUGCUGGCCAUCGCAACCAGCCAAGGGUGGGCAAGCAGACCAAUACAUGACUCGGUCAAAGGCCCAUUCCCACUGCUGUCAUCUGUGUGGUUCUGUGCAGGGCGUUUAUGGAUGUCAGCAGCCCCUCUCCGGUGUCGCGGAGUCAGCAGGAUCUCUACUUCCGACUGGCGCACAUAUUCGAAGCCAUGUCGCCUGUUCUUCCUUCGGCGAGGCGCAGCGGCAAAAACAGCCCUGGCCUGCCGAUGAGGUGGGAGGUGUUUCAGGAGCACCACACGGACUUCAACCUCACCCUGAUUGAUGUGGCCAUUGUCGGCACGCCGGUGGGAGGGCGUGGGGAUGUGCCCCUGGUCAAGGUGGCGGUGGAGCUCGAUGGCCCACACCAUUUUGUGGAGCUGCUGGGCUCCUCGCCAGUGCCACUGGCGCGCGUCAAUGGAUACACUCAGCUCAAGACAAGGUCAGCAGACUGAGGGCCGGGAGGGGCCUGGUGUCAAUGGAUGGGUGUGUGUGUGUGUCGUGCAGGCUGUUGUCAGCGAUGGGGUGGCGGGUGGUCAGGGUGCCCUGGUGGGAGGCAGCGACGCUGGCGAGCCAGCAUGCGGGCGACGCGUACCUGUUGAGCAGGGUGGAGGCGGCGAUAGGCCCAUUCGUGUUUGUGCCAGUCGAUGUGGAGAGCAAGGACAGUCUAGAGGCUGUCGCGUCUGUGUGACAAUGCAAUUGCCACUGCAUGUGCCCUCGUGGCUGCACGGCGCUGGGGCGGAUCAUGCCGCAGAAAGUGUCCAGAUGCAAAGG